AUCCAUUUUUCCUCAAAAAACCAAACACAGAGAUAUACGCGUGCAUAAAACGGUGCGGUCGAAAUCCAAUAUACUUCUCCUCAGAAUCAAAGCGACUUGGUCGGAAAGCCAAAUUCGACGAGGAAUCUUUCAGAUCUUUGCGCAAAGAUCUGAUCUUUAGGAGCUGAUUGCUUCGUUUUCCGUCUCGUCAGCGUCCAACUCUGUCGGAGAUUUCGAAGAAUCCGAAAGACCCAAAAGCGUGGUUCGAGUUCGUUGUGUUCGUCACUUCCCCAAGAUAUUGGGUGAUGAGAUUUUUGAAGAAUCGAGUGGAAUCUUCUGUCUGAAUCUGGUUUUCUUCUCCGAUAACUUGGCAGAGACCAUGGAGGAUUCUUCUCAGGAGAGUUUUGUUACAACCAUCAUUGAGGACUACGAGACAAGUUGCUGGGGCUGCGGAUUACGUCUUGCUCUUCCCUCUUAUUCCCCCGUUUUCAAGUGCGGUUGGUGUGGAGCCAUCACAAAUCAAAACCAGGGAAAAGCCGAGACCAAAAGCUUCAGGUGGAGGCGUUUCCGUGACCGGUGUUUCGUCUGUAUUCUUUCUGUUUUCAUGCUCUUUGUGAUAUGUGGUGGGGUUUGGGCAGUGUAUCCUGUUGUGUUUUCUAUCAGCUUAGCUUGUGGUAUUGUCCAUUCUGCUGUAACAGUAUCUUUGUCCAUAUCAACACUCUCAACCUUUAUGCUGGUUGCCUUUAAAUGUCCCGGGAAAUCGCCAAACAUUGUAUAUGGAAGCUACCCUCAAGUAGGGAAUGGUUAUCUCGAGAACUACACCUUCUGCUACUAUUGUUCUAAACCCAAGUCAAUGAGGACCCAUCACUGCCGUACCUGUGGCAUGUGUGUGUUCGACAUGGAUCACCAUUGCCCCUUUAUUGGUAACUGUGUUGGGGCAGGCAACCAUCGAAACUUUGUGGCAUUCCUUAUCUCAGCAAUCGUAAGUACAGUCUACGCUUCUUCUAUGUGUGCAUACUCCUUGAUUCAUAUCUUGCCAACCCCAGCAAGUGGAUCAGCUCUGAGAGCAGUGAAGAAUCUGACUCUUGCUUUCAUAGCCGACGCUGUCUUCAUGUCUGGUAGAGGGCUUGUCCUUGUCUACCUUUUCGUUGCAAGUGUUUCAGUGGGGAUUGGGUUAAGUGUUCUGCUGUGGCAACAGCUUAACUAUGUGUAUGAGGGCAAGACCUACUUAGGCCAACUUCAAGGAACCGAGGGAGAUGGAGAAAAGAGCUGUCAGAACCUCGUGAAGUUUUUCGGGUGCCCGAGUUCUAUUUCGAGAUAUGUGUCACCAGUAAGGAACCUGAGGAAGAGACACAAGAUAUGAAGAGAAAAAAAUCUUGUGAAUCAACGUAUUCUCUCUCUCUCUUUGUUAAAAUUCAUAAGGCAAACUGGUAGGAGCUUGGCCGCUGUAAAAUUGCAAAAGAGCAAUCUUUGGUUCAGUAACCUGUAGAUUAGUCACCUUGAGAUAUAAAAAAACGGUUGAGGCUUAAAGACUUGGUGUGAAUGGCCCCACGGAUGACGGAUUGGAGUUAACAUCUCUUGUAAAAUGUUUGUGUCCUGUCCUUUCUCGGACAACUCCCGGAGUAUACCACUGUUUUGUCUUGAACAGCAUUUGAUUUGGGUUAAUGAAAAACCUCUUCUUGUUCAUUCA